UACAGAGGCAAAACAUGUUGAUCCUUGAAACAGUCAUCACUUGCCUCCCAAAUUAGGUGAUUUGGUAAAGAGAGUAGGUAGUUUAAUUUGAUCCUUUAAGCAGUAUAUAUAUCAAAACAAUCCAACCCAAGUGAACAUACAUACAAACAAUCAUCCAAACAAGCUCUUAAACUCAAUUGCCACUUGUCACCAUGACUCCUUUCAUCAAAGUUUCUCUUGCAAUAGCUUUUCUCUCAGUUACACUCUCUCAAGCUCACCCUGAUGGCUUCCAUUUUGGCUGGGGUGGUCGUGGUGGAACUGGAGGAAUGUCUUUUGGUCUCUCUCCUCAAUUCUAUCAGUUUUCAUGCCCUCAAGCUAAUGACAUUGUCAUGUCAGUGUUGGAGAAGGCCAUUUCUAAGGACAUGAGGAUGGCUGCUUCUCUUCUCAGACUUCACUUUCAUGACUGCUUUGUGCAGGGUUGUGAUGCAUCAAUUUUGUUGGAUGAUAGUGCGACAAUUGUUAGUGAGAAAAAUGCAGGACCUAACAAAAAUUCUGUCAGAGGUUAUAAAGUGAUUGAUGAGAUCAAGUCCAAGUUGGAAGAAGCAUGUCCUCUUACUGUCUCCUGUGCUGACAUUGUUGCCCUUGCUGCCAGGGGAUCCACUAUUCUAAGUGGAGGACCUAACUGGGAGCUCCCAUUAGGCAGGAGAGACUCAAAAACUGCAAGCCUCAGAGGUGCAAACAAGAACAUUCCCCCACCAAAUGCCACCAUUGAAAGUCUCCUAACGUUUUUCAAGCGUCAAGGCCUUGAUGAAGUAGACCUCGUUGCCCUCUCAGGUGCCCAUACCAUUGGGGUGGCAAGAUGUGCAACAUUCAAGCAGAGACUGUACAACCACAAUGGAAACAACCAACCAGAUGAGAAUCUAGAAAAGUCCUUUUACUCCGGUUUGAAGACAGUGUGCCCAAAAUCAGGUGGUGACAACCUGAUAUCUCCCUUGGACUUUGGCUCCCCGAGAAUGUUUGACAACACCUACUUCAAGCUCAUACUCGGAGGAAAAGGUCUUCUCAAUUCAGAUGAAGUGCUUCUCACAGGGAGUGUUAAGGAGACUCGUGAACUGGUCAAGAAAUAUGCACAAGAUGAGGCACUCUUCUUUGAGCAAUUUGCCUUGUCCAUGAUCAAGAUGGGGAACCUUCGUCCUCUCACUGGAUUUAAUGGUGAAGUUAGGAAGAAUUGUCACCGAGUUAAUUAAUUAAUAAGAUAAGCCUAUAUAUGUUGCUACAUUAUCAUACUAGCUAGGCAUUGAUGAAGUGUUAUGUUUUGCUUAUUUUAGACUAAUUGUGUUGCUUCUAAGCUCAGUGUUAGUGUGUUAUGAAGGUUUGAAUAAUGAUGUUUCUAUGUUACUUUGAUAAGCUUAUUGCUGUUGAAAGUUGAAGUCAAAUGCUGCAAGAAAUUAAAAUA